UCUGCAACCUAAACCCGGAUUCUAUUGCCUCAUCUAAUUUUAAAUAUUUUUGUUCCUCUUUUCAAGUAUUUCUAGGUUUCAUGUGUAAUUUUUGAAUAGAUUGUUUUUAAGAAUAACGUGUAAAGUUUGUAUCCAUAAUUUUUUCCAAACAUGAUAUUUAUGACUUUUAAGAGACUAAUACUUGAUCUAAGUCAACCGAACACUCCCCCACUUGUUGUAAUCCGCUCCUGUCCAAAGUCAAAGACAGGGCAAAAUCCUCUGUUCUUGGAUCUGAAUCUUAAAAACUAAACAUGUGAGAACAAUAAUUCAUCUAAAACAUGAAGAUGAAAGCGGAGACAUUGACGUUAGUUCUGGUGAAUCUGGCAGGUAUUAUGGAGAGAGCAGACGAGUCUCUGCUUCCAGGAGUGUACAAAGAGAUUGGUGCUGCUCUGAACGCAGAUCCCACUGCGCUAGGUUCACUCACUUUCUUCAGAUCAAUUGUUCAAUCUUUAUGUUACCCACUCGCUGCAUACCUCGCCACUCGUCACAAUCGUGCGCAUGUCAUAGCUCUCGGUGCUUUUCUUUGGGCCGCUGCCACAUUCUUUGUUGCCAUCUCCUCCACCUUCUUACAGGUAGCAAUUUCGAGAGGUUUAAAUGGGAUUGGACUAGCCCUUGUUACUCCAGCAAUUCAGUCCCUUGUUGCAGAUUCCACAGUUGAUAGCAAUCGUGGUAUGGCUUUUGGGUGGCUGCAACUAACAGGAAAUUUUGGAAGCAUCAUUGGUGGGCUCUUUGCCGUGCUUAUUGCCCCAACCUCAUUUAAGGGUAUACCUGGGUGGAGAAUAGCUUUUCAUCUGGUUGCAUUGAUUAGUGUUAUAGUGGGUAUAUUGGUUUGCCUCUUCGCUAAUGAUCCACGCUUUUCAAAGGCCAGAGAGAGAGCAACAGCAUAUGAAGCUCCAAACAAGUCCUUUUGUUCUGAUAUGAAAGACCUAAUGAAAGAAGCGAAGUCAGUAAUUGGAAAUCCAUCAUUUCAGAUAAUUGUGGCUCAGGGAGUGUUUGGAACAUUUCCAGGGUCAAGCUUGUCAUUUGCCACUCUUUGGUUAGAACUAAUAGGCUUCCCCCGCGUGACAACUGCAUUCCUUUGGACACUAUACGUGGUUGCUACUUCAUUUGGGGGUCUAUUUGGAGGAAGGAUGGGGGAUAUUUUAUCCCAACGGUUUCCAAACUCUGGGAGAAUAUUGUUGUCACAAAUAAGCUCCAGUUCAGCAAUUCCUCUUGCUGCAAUUUUGUUGUUGGGAUUGCCUUAUGAUCCAUCCACGGCCUUCAAGCACGGUCUGCUUUUAUUUAUCAUGGGGUUAAUAAGAUCCUGGAAUGCUCCAGCCACUAACAAUCCAAUAUUUGCAGAAAUAGUCCCUGAGAAGUCCCGAACAACUAUAUAUGCUUUGGAUCGAUCUUUUGAGACCAUAUUGUCAUCCUUUGCACCACCUAUUGUUGGAGCUUUGGCUCAGCAUGUUUAUGGUUACAAACCAAUCACAAAAGGAUCCUCAGAUGAGAUAGAAAAAGAUAGAGAAAACGCUGCAUCACUCGCCAAGGCACUUUACACUGCAAUUAGUAUUCCUUCGGUACUCUGCGUUUCCAUCUACUCGUUUCUUUAUUGCACGUACCCGAGGGACAGGGAGCGAGCGAGAAUGGAAGCAUUAGUGGAAUCAGAAAUGCAACAGCUACAGGUGGAAGACUAUAAUGAUGUUGAUUAUCCAAGGGAAGAGGAUGAUAAUGAUGAGAAAGUUUUGUUGUCUCGGUAGUUUACUAAGUAGGGAACACGGAGGUUCAUACACAGAAACAUUUUCAUUUGAUAAUUCAAGUCACUUGAAGAAGUGAAACAUAGGAAGCACCGAUAUUUUCAUUUGCUCCAUGUAUUUAUAUUUCACACACAUAUCUUACGCCAUUUAGAAAUAUCAUGAAUGAUCUCAAAAAGCUUUGAUUUAUAAUUUUUAUUUUGCUUUUUGUAAUGUUUAAGAAAUAUGUUAUUGAUUUUCA